UCAGUUCUUCGCUUACAGAUUCAGCAGCAAUAGUAUAGUGUUUGAGUUGAUGGCAUCCAUUGUACGUAUUCAGUGAAUGGAUAUGGCCGGAAGACACCAUUCCGCCGCCCCCAAAUCUCUUCGAUCUCCGCUUAUUCUCUUCACACUCUUACUCUUGGCUUUCUCUAUCCUCUUCUACAUUUUCUCCCCUUCCCCAACAUUUCCACGCAAGAUCCACUCCACUCUAAACCCUAAUGUCGAUUACUCCUUCGUAUCCUCCCUCGAGAAAUUCCUGAUCAACUCCAAAUCUCGCCCUACACUUCCCGAUGAUACGGUGACUGCUACAGUGACCCAACAAGAUGCUGGAAAACUGGAUGAUUUGAUUUCACGAAAACAGACUGAGAGGCUUUAUGAUGAUUCGUUUUAUCCCCUUUCUUCACCUAUUAGGGUUUAUGUUUAUAAUAUGCCGUCGAAAUUUACUUAUGAUUUGCUGUGGCUGUUUCGAAAUACGUAUAAAGAAACGAAUAAUCUGACUUCCAAUGGUAGCCCUGUUCACCGACUAAUCGAACAACAUUCAAUUGAUUACUGGUUAUGGGCCGAUUUGAUAGCGCCCGAAUCUGAAAGGUUGUUGAAGAAUGUCGUUAGAGUUAACAAGCAGGAGGAAGCUGACUUUUUCUACAUUCCAUUUUUCACUACGAUUAGCUUCUUCUUGCUGGAGAAACAACAAUGCAAGGCGCUUUACAGGGAAGCUCUGAAGUGGGUCACAGACCAGCCAGCAUGGAAGCGGUCUGAGGGCAGAGAUCACAUACUUCCAGUUCACCACCCUUGGUCAUUUAAAUCAGUUCGCAAAUUUAUGAAGAAUGCGAUUUGGCUCCUUCCAGAUAUGGAUUCAACAGGAAACUGGUACAAGCCUGGACAAGUUCACCUUGAAAAAGACUUAAUACUUCCAUAUGUUGCCAAUGUCGAUUUGUGUGAUUCAAAAUGCGUUUUGGAUUCAAAGAGAAACAUACUGCUAUUUUUCCGUGGGAGGCUGAAACGAAAUGCUGGUGGGAAAAUCCGUGCUAAACUUGUGACAGAACUUAGGAGUGCUGAUGAUGUGGUUAUAGAGGAGGGCAGUGCUGGAGAGGCAGGAAAAGCAGCAGCUCAAAGUGGCAUGAGAAAAUCUGUAUUUUGCCUUAAUCCGGCUGGUGACACCCCUUCGUCCGCUAGAUUGUUUGAUGCAAUCGUCAGCGGGUGCAUUCCUGUUGUAAUUAGUGAUGAACUGGAGCUUCCUUUUGAGGGAAUACUUGACUAUCGGAAGAUAGCUUUAUUUGUUUCUUCUGGUGAUGCAAUGCAGCCAGGAUGGCUCUUGACAUUUCUGCGAAGUGUUAGUCUUGCUCAAAUUAGAGAGAUUCAAUUUAAUUUAGUCAAGCACUCUAGACAUUUCUUGUAUUCUCAUCCUGCUCAACCAAUGGGGCCGGAAGACUUAGUUUGGAGAAUGAUGGCCGGUAAGUUGGUGAAUAUGAAGCUUCAUGUACGGAGAUCGCAGCGCGUGGUGAAAGAAUCAAGAAGCUCGUGCACUUGUGAGUGUAGACGUCCCAAUAGUACAAAUCCUCAUCUCUUUUCUUAAUUGAUUAUUGCAGUUAGCUUCUUCUUGUUUUCCCUUUUCACGUCUUGUGCGUGUAUCUCUAUUCUUGGAAUAAUCUAGUGUACGACCCACUAUUUGGCUAAAAUGUUUUGUAUAACUCAACUUUAAUUUUGUCUCAUUUAAUCUCCAGAUAUGAUUCAACUGUUGCACACUUAUCCGCAAUAGCAUAUUGAAAUAUAUUUUAA